AUGUCUUCCGUGCUACUGCGCUCGUUGGCGCGAACAACGACGAGGACGACGCCUGCGUCGCGGCUUUUACGCAGGAAUAUAUGUGCAACCCCCGUUGCUCGGCGGGCUGCUGAACCGUCUCUUGAGGAGGGGGCAAAAACUGCUUUCGACUAUCAUACCGUGGAGGAUUUGCAGCAUUUGGACGCUUCGGAAAUCUUGCCAACGCCAGGAAGUAAAGAGGAUGCGAAAAUGAGGCAUUUCACAGUUAACUUCGGUCCUCAGCAUCCAGCUGCUCACGGUGUGCUGCGUAUGAUUCUGGAACUCAAUGGAGAAGAGAUUCUGCGAGCGGACCCACACAUCGGUCUGCUUCAUCGCGGUACAGAGAAACUUAUUGAAUACAAGACGUACAUCCAAGCCCUACCCUACUUUGACCGUCUCGACUACGUUUCAAUGAUGACGAACGAGCUCUGCUACUCGCUAGCGGUAGAAAAGCUUCUGAACAUCGAGGUGCCUGCCUGUGCCCAAUGGAUCCGAGUUCUUUUUGGGGAAAUAACACGAAUUCUUAACCAUCUCAUGGCCAUCCUCACACACGUCAUGGACGUCGGUGGUCUUACCCCUUCCUCUGGGGCUUCGAAGACCUUCGACCUCCCCCACGGGCUCCUUGACGACAUCUUCAAAUGGGGAACCCAAUUCAGCAGUAGGGUUGACGAGAUUGAGGAGGUCGUCACGGGCAACCGUAUUUGGAAAGAGCGGACGAUUGGGAUUGGACCUGUCACUGCCAAGCAGGCAUUGGAUCAUAGUUUCAGUGGGGUUAUGCUGCGUGGUAGUGGGGUUGCGUGGGAUUUGAGGAAGGUGGCUCCGUACGACAAGUACGAUGAGGUUGAGUUCGACAUUCCUGUAGGCAAGAACGGUGACUGCUAUGACCGCUACUUGUGCCGUGUCCAGGAGAUGCGAGAGAGCUUGCGGAUCAUUAGCCAGGCGCUCAACAAGAUUACCCCUGGUGCUGUGAAGGUCGACGACCACAAGCUUGUGCCUCCACCCCGUGCUAUGAUGAAAGAGAGCAUGGAGUCGCUCAUCCAUCAUUUCAAAAUCUUCAGUGAAGGGUACUCUGUACCCCCAGGCGAGACUUACAGCGCUAUCGAGGCCCCCAAGGGGGCGAUGGGCGUCUACCUCGUUUCCGACGGCUCCAACCGCCCAUACAGGUGUAGUAUACGCGCCCCUGGGUUCGCUCAUCUUGCUGGUUCAUAUUUCAUGAUGAGACAUGUCAGCCAUUUCUUCACUUGUUUGGUAACUCUAGGAGUGUCUCCCACCUGCAUCAACCGCGACCUUCCCUGGUGCCUGCUUGUUCUCUGUCAUGCUGGAAGAUCUGAAUGCUGGUCGUACGGGAAGAAGUGGGCCGCAACGCUUGUGGUAUCAUCAUUCACGUUCAUCAGUCCCGUUUCCUCGUCCAUGGUCGCCCCAGCGACAGAGCAGAUCGCAACUCAGUUUGGAAUGACGAGCGAGGUGCUCAGUGCGAUGACGGUGUCUAUUUUUGUUUUGGGAUGCGCCGUUGGUCCCUUGGUCGGUGGAGGUGUCCGUGGUGACGUCUGGCGUGCGGAAGAAAGAGAGAGAGCGAUCGCUAUCUAUUCUCUCGCGCCUCUAUUAGGACCUGUCGUUGGCCCUGUAUGCGGUGGUUGGAUCGCGGAACGGUCUACGUGGCGUUGGAUGUUUUGGGCAACAAGUGUCGCGGACGCCGUUGUCCAAAUAUCUGGUUUCUUCUUUUUGCAAGAAACCUACGCUCCAUUGCUUCUCAUGAGGAGCCUUCGAUAA